GUGCGAGAAACAAAAUGGGUUUUUAUCAAGAGAAAAGAUAAGUGGUGAGACUGCAAAAACCGUUUCACCUUCUCUCUUGCAUCAAAUUUGCUUUGUUCGAUUCAUCCUUCUCAAACGAGUAAAACACAGAAAUGGCUCUCAGGUCGCUAGACAAUGCUCUUCCAAUUUCGCCGGAAAGGCCCAAAAAACUGGCGAAAGUCGCUGUUUGCAUCCAAAAACCAUCGGAUUUGGGUGUGAAUGACGAAAACAAAGCUACAAUACCAGCAGCGGCGACUGUUGAUUCGGUAAUUGAUUAUAUUGCUUCAGAGGAUCUAAAAGCCAUAGAAGAUCCCGAAACCAAGAUUCAAACUUUGAUGGAGGAAUUAGCUUCAAAAGACUGGACAAAAGUGUGCGAGUCACUGAACAAUGUCAGACGAUUCGCGAUCUAUCACCCAUCAUUUCUUGUCCCGAUCUUGGAUAAAGUGAUGUUGGUGAUGGUGAAAGCGAUGAAUAACCCAAGAAGCGCGUUGUGCAAGAACUCCAUCAUGGCUUCCUCUGAUAUCUUCAAUUCCUUCGGGGAUAAGAUAGUAGCAUCCGAUGCCUUUGAUCCCUUGCUGCUCCAGCUUCUGCUGAAGGCGUCUCAGGAUAAAAAAUUCGUGCGUGAAGAAACAGAGAAGGCGCUACAAGCAAUGGUGGAGUCCUUGCCCCCUCUUGCUUUGCUUCAUAAGCUCCUGGUGUAUGUCACCCACUCCAACCUCAGAAUCAGAGCCAAAGCUGCGGUCUCCAUCUCAAAAUGCGUCUCCAAGAUGGGGCUGGAAGGAAUGAAGGAAUUCGGUUUGGUUUCGCUGAUCCAAGUUGCAGCGGACUUGUUGAAUGACAGACUUCCGGAAGCACGAGAUGCAGCUCGGAGUACCGUGAUGUUGGUAUACGAAGCAGUUAUUAGAGGAGAGGAGCAGAACAAUCAUGAGGGAUUGUCUCCGAUGGAGUUGUGGCAGAGCUUCUGUUGUUCUAACUUGACGGCCAUUCAAGCUCAGUCCAUGGCUAAAAUAAUCCAUUCUUAGUGGCAGUGGCAGUGGCAGUGGUGGCCGUGGCGGUAGUAGUAGUUAGCAGCACCAGCAUUAAUAGCAGUUCUGUUAGUAAUAUAGACUAUUAGUAGAGUUACCAAAACUAUAGUUCAAAAGUUAGUAAUAGCCAUUCAAGCUCAGUCCAUGGCCAAAAUAAUCUCUUCUUAGUUGCAGCAGCCACAGUGGCGGUGGUGGAGGUGGAGGCAGAGGCGGUGGCGGUGGCGCGGUGGCAGAAGUAUUAGUAAUAGUAGUAGUUAGCAGCAGCAGCAGUAAUAGCAGAUUUGUUAGUAAUAUAGACUAUUUGUAGUUACCAAAAGCUUCUGUUCUAUGUAAAAUGCUGUUUUACAUGAGCCCUGAUCGGCUCAGUCAGCAAUGAAAGUUCUAAAUAUAAAAAUUCUGUUUUGCCA